GCGUCCGUGGCAUAGGAUUUUCCGAGGCAAAGGAAGCAGCAGAAGAGCCCGAGGGAGAGCCUGUUUUCAAAGAACAAGGCUGAAAUCAGGAGGAAAACUAAGAACCCUUUCCGCUUACGUUUCUGGUUAAAGAGAGAGAAGCCUCCUAUCCUUCGCUCCCGCUCGCUUCCUCUAAUUUGUCUCCAUUACCCUUCAAUUGAUAGAAAUCAGAAGCCAUCUCUCGUCUUUUGCGGCUCCUCUAUCUUCUCUCCGCCGUCGGCGCCACCGGACCGAGCAAACCGGCGCUUCCCCCAUCAACUGAAGUAUAAAAAGGGGAUUCAGAGUGAAGCAAAACGGUGGCCCUCUCCAAGUCUUCCAAUCCCUUUCUUUUCUCUGCCGUAAGGCUUUUUUUCUUUUCAUUGUCGUAUUUUAUUAUUGUUUUUUAUUUACCGGGACUCUGCUUUGUUCCUCUUGUUCUGAUAACAAAGAAUACUACAACACAACCGGAAAUCUAUUAUAAUCUCAGAAUAUAUAUAUUUUUUCGUAAGGAUAUUUUCAGCUAGCAUUUCCUUUUCAGCUAGGGUUUCUGAUCUCCAUUCCAUUGUAAGGUGGGAUUGCUUCUUUUGGUUCACUCCUACUUCCAUGUUGAUUGCCCUUGCGUCGUUUCUUGGUUGGUAGUAUAACUUCCCUUCCACGCUCUCUUGGAUUCCUGCUAAGAUGGGAUCUCCUGAGGGCACUUGAAGGGUAUUUUUGGUUUGUAUCCCUGUCCGUGGAUAUCCAGGACUUGUUAACUCCGCAAUAGAAUAACUAUUCUUUUCAGCAGAAUAAGAAUCAUUCUCGGGAGUAAGGCGUAUUCUUGCCUCUUUUAGCCCAUCAGAUGUCCUCGAUUCAGGAAAAGCAGCGGCAUAGACUUCUUCUGAUAGUAUAUUUGUACACAAAAUAACACACGAUUGAUACGGUGGUUAUAGGGCAGAUUAGUUUUGAAGGUAGGGGAUAAUUCUGUAUGUAGAUAAUGGCCUGCAUCUGAAAUGGAGAGAGGUGGACCAGCAUUAGUUCACAGUGGUAUAAAGUAGCAAAUGGGAGUGCAACAGGCAAUGGCAAUUUGAACCACCACACCAGCUCUUCCUCACAUUCUGAUGAGCAUGGUAUUGGGCUCUCAUCAAGAAACAGAUCGUCAGUGAGUGACUGUGAUGGAAAUUUGUCCUCCUAUCGAAGGAGCUCAAGUUCAAAUUGUUAUGCAAGUCUCGACAAGGACAGCUCUGUGAAAUCAUGGGUGAGUAGUAGUUUUAGGAGCUAUUGUGAGAGAGGGCAGGAGAAGAAUCCCAGUUUCUGCGAUAGGCAAAAUAGGUCAUUUUUGGGUGACAAUGGGUUCCAUGACCAUUUUGAUUCGCUAAUAGCACAUAGAACUGAAAGGGAUACCUUCAGGUGCUCCCAUUCUAUGGUACUGGAGAAACAGGUUGACACAUGGCCCAAAAGAUCAGCAGGUAAUUCAAUAAAUGAUGCUCUUUACCGAGGAAGUAUAAUUGGUGGCACUGGCAGAACUUCCUUUGAAAAGGACUUUCCAUCCCUUGGAGCUGAAGUAAAGAAGGGGCCUCCAGAUGCAGGCAGGGUCUCUUUUCCUGGUCUUAACACUGUUCAAAGCCAUCCUAUGGGUUCUGCGUCCAUACUUGGGGUUGAUGGCUAGACUUAAUCUCUAGCAGAAGUACCUGUAGUAGCAGGUGCCGUUGGACCAGGGCUGUCAUCUGCCCUACAAACAACUCCUGUCAAUCAGGUUACUGCAGCCUUAAGCACUACAAAAGGCUUAAAUAUGGUGGAAGCAUUGACUCGGGGGACGUCACAAGUCCAUACUGGCCCUCAGUUAGCCCUUCAUGCUCAGAGGGUUGAGGAACUAACUCUCAGACAAUGCAAGCAACUAACACCUGUGAUGCCUUCAAUGCCUAAAACCUCGGUUUUCAACUCUUCAGAAAAACCAAAAUCUAAAGGAGCAAGGUGUGGAAAUUUUAGUGCUCUUCCCAAGGUUGGCCAGCAGCCGUCUCAGCUUAUCAAACAUUCUUUUCUUGCACCUGCAAGAUCUGAUAUUCCAAAGACAUCUCAAAGUGGAAAUCUUCAAGUCCUUAACCGAGAGAGGAAUGCUGUCUCUCCCACUGCCAAAGAAGGCCCAAGUGUUAGCAAAGCUAUGAGCCCUGUUGGCAUUGUUCCAUUGGCUGCAGUCAUCCCUCUGAAAAGCCCCAUCAACAGUAAGGUUAAAGUUGACAACAAUGUUACUGCUUUAUCUCCAACUCAAAGCUCAUUUGGGGAAAAAAGACCAUUUUAUCAAGCUCAGAACAGGAAUGAUUUCUUUAAUUCCAUCCGGAAGAAAGCAUUGAACUGUUUAAGUGCUAUUCCUGAGACAAGCUGUGUCGCAUCGUCAUCCAACUUGGAAAAGUCAGGAGAGAAGAUUGUGGAAACUGCCAAUCAUGAUUCGUUAACCGUGGUUUGAACUGCUCAAUAGAGAACAAGAAAUUUGAAGAUUUUAGUGCUUGUGAGUCCAUGGGGUUUCUGCCCGAUGGUGAAGAAAAGAAUCUAUGUUUAGAGCCUGUUGUUGACCCUGAAGAAGAAGCCUUCUUACAGUCGCUUGGAUGGGAUAAAAAUGCUGGGGAGGAAGCUCUGACAAAGGAGGAAAUUGAUGCUUUUGUCAAAGAGUAUGAAAAACGAAGGCAAUCUUCAAAGCUGUGUCCAUGGGAGAUAAAACCGAUGAUGGCAGUGCUAACAAAACCACCUUUGAGGAACAUUGCUGGGGCUGAUGGACCAAGAUUGAGCUUGUUUGGCUCUGAACGUGUUGGUUGAUUUAGCUAAACCAUUAUUGUUUUUGGAGGAUGAUAGCCAUCCAGUUUUUUGGUAAAGUAAUUAUUCCAUUGGAUUGAGAGGGAUUGAUUGAAAGGGUGGAAAGUAAGUGGUUUUUAUAAUGCUAGGUUUCUAAAUUUGAGGAGAGGAAAUUGUUUUUUCCUGCUGCCAAGUUAAAAAUGCAAAUAAGGUUCGAAGUGCUUCAGUUCUUGGCGCUGCAGCAAGCUGUCCUUUACAAAAUCGAUUGCUUUGUUAUAGAAAGGUUAAAAAGCCCCCCUUCUGAAAUGGUAAGGGAGAGGGUGGAAGGUAUUUUUGUGCAAGAACCCCCUUUCUUGGAAAUUUAUACUUUCUACUUGCUUUUCAUUUCUACUCAUUUCACACAAUGAUUAUCAUGUUUUUGGAGAAUUCCACUUGCCAAGAUAUAAGAUGUGCAUGUAGUUCUUAGGAA